AUGCACUAUGCUAAGAGUGACACCCCAGCCCAGGCCCGGACCACCACCCUGAACGAGGAGCUGGGGCAAAUCAAGUACAUCUUCAGUGACAAGACGGGAACGCUCACUCAGAACAUCAUGACCUUCAACAAAUGCUCCAUCAACGGCAGAAACUACGGAGAACUUUUUGACUUUUCUGGACAAAGAGUUGAAAUCACAGAGAAAACCCCGAGAGUGGAUUUCUCGUGGAACAAGUUGGCUGAUCCAAAGUUCAUCUUCCACGACCACAGUUUGGUGGAGACUGUGAUGGAGGGAAACCCAGAGGCCCAGGCUUUUUUCAGGCUGCUGGCCGUGUGCCACACCGUCAUGCCCGAGGAGAAGAACUCAGGGGAGCUGUACUACCAGGCCCAGUCACCAGAUGAGGGCGCUCUUGUGACAGCAGCCAGAAACUUUGGCUUUGUGUUUCUGUCCCGGACUCCAGACAGCAUCACUGUGGUGGAGAUGGGACACCACGUGACCUAUGAGCUCAUCGCUGUUCAGGACUUCAACAACGUCCGCAAAAGGAUGUCUGUCAUAGUUCGUAACCCAGAAGGAAAGACGACUCUGUUCUGCAAAGGCGCUGACACCAUCAUCUAUGAAAGGCUCCAUCCUUCGUGUAAAAAACUAAUGGAAGUGACGACACAGCAUCUAAACCUGCUGGGCUCUUCUGCGGUGGAGGACAAGCUGCAGGAUGGGGUCCCUCAAACGAUCGAGCAGCUGGCAAAGGCCGACAUCAAGAUCUGGGUUUUGACUGGAGAUAAGCAGGUGAUGGAGCUUUCGCGAAAGUUCACUGUGGGAGACCCGACCACUGCUGCCCAGAUCUACAAGCCUGCUCAUCCUCGGCUCAUCAUACCAGCAACACCCACAUCUAAUCAACCAAUAACCACCAGGACAGCAAGUUAA